CACCUUUUCUUCUUCUUCUUCAUCAUCAAAAUAAUGUCAAAAUUAUGAAGGUAGCCAUACACAACUACUGUAGGCCUGAGCAGCAUGUGAAAACAAUCUCCCAUCUUUCUUCUUCUUCUUCCAUCCCAGCCUUCCUUAAUUAAUUGGUCCCAUUCUCUGCAUGUUUUCACGUGUCCUGCCAUCCCUCUUGCCGUUAAUUACACCAUCACGAGCAUCAGCUACUGCAUAGGAUUCUUAAGGACCCCAUGAUACCUCCUCAAGCUAUUCAAUAAUAAGUAUCAUUUUCUUUCUUGCUUAUUCCCAUUCUCAUCCAUGGCCUGUGCAUUUUACUCUCUCUAAUCCCUAUUUUUAAAACAUACCCAUCUCCUUUUUCAUUUGCUUUGAUUGGACAGUGACUUCACUUUCCUCACAGGUGUGUCUUGGCUUCUAUCUCCUCCCUUCCAUGAUAGGACAAAGUCCUUGAUAAAUGAGAGAGAGAUAGAGAGAAGAGGUUGGUGCUGUAGUUUUGUGCAUACAAUUUUUUUUUUUUAUUAUUGUUUUUUGGGUUGAUUUACAGUGAGAGGAGAGAAGGGGAAGUAAAUUUAGAUUAGAAGAUAGACAUCAGAGAGAGAGAAAAACACAAGCACAAAAACUCAUACACACAAGCACAGCACAAAAAUGUUUGAAGGAGUACCAGACCAAUUCCAUCAAUUCAUAGCUUCAAGAACAUCACUUCCUCUCCCUCACUCUUUUUCACCUCUUCAUGGCUCCUCUAGUACUAGUACUGCCACCUUCUCUAGUUUUGAUCCCUACACUUCUCAUCAUCAACAGCUACCCCUGCACCACCACCACCACCACCACCACCAACAGCAGCACCACCAGCAGCCGAAUUUCCUGCACCCAUUACACCAAAGUUCACCACCUGCCAGUAAAAAUGAAGAUAAGGAAGAAAGCAACAUGGCAGCUAUAAAUUUGGAGAUUGUAAGAGAGAGAUCAUUGCAGGAAUCGAUCGAUCCGUGGUCUAAUGAUGAAGUUCUUGCACUGUUGAGGAUCAGAUCUAGCAUGGAGAAUUGGUUCCCAGAAUUCACUUGGGAACAUGUGUCGAGGAAGCUUGCAGAGCUUGGCUUCAAAAGAAGUGCAGAGAAGUGCAAGGAGAAGUUUGAGGAAGAAAGCAGGUACUUCAACAACAUUAAUUGCUCCAAGAAUUACAGGGUGUUUGUUGAGCUUGAAGAGAUUUACCAUGGUGAUAAUCAAAACCCUCAAGGGAUGGCUGUAGGAAAGAACAAAAAAAUGGACGAGGCCGCUGAAGAAGAAGACAAGAUGGAGCAGAACGUGGAAGAAGAUUCAAGAAUUGAUCAAACAGUAGGAAACCCAUCUGAAGGCAAUGGAAAAGGGGUUGAGAAAUCCAAGAACAAGAAGAGAAAAAGACAGAAAAAGUUUGACAUGUUCAAGUGCUUCUGCGAAGAUAUUAUAAGCAAAAUUAUGGCUCAACAGGAAGAAAUGCAUAACAAGCUUCUUGAAGAUAUGGUGAAGAGAGAUGAAGAAAAGUUGGCAAGAGAAGAAGCUUGGAAGAAGCAAGAAAUGGAUAGGAUCAACAAGGAGCUUGAACUUAGGGCACAAGAACAAGCUCUUGAAGGUGAUAGACAAGAGAAGAUAAUCAACUUCUUGAAAAAAUUCUCAUCAUCAACUGGUUCAUGUAUUGAAAUUCUUCGAGAGGUAAAUGCACAAUAUCUUCUCAAAGGAACCAACAGUUCAAAUCCUUCUUCUUCAUCUUCCUUGAUGCUACAGCAAAACCCUAAUCCAACUUCUCAAACCAAUGACCAAAACAAACCAGAAACACCCAUAUCAAUCACCAUAGGAUUAACGUCUUUAAUGCCAGAAAACGUAGCAUCCCUAAACCCUAGUUCAACACUCGGAGCCAGUUCAUCUCCAUCAUCGCAAGCUCCUCAAACCCAGAACUCAAAUUAUCCCAAUUUCCAAAGCAAUCCAUUGUCAACAGAAACAGUGCAAAAAAAGGCUACAUCCAAUGAUAAGGAAGAUCUUGGGAAGAGAUGGCCAAAAGACGAGGUAUUAGCUUUGAUAAACCUAAGGUCCAAUCUGUACAACAGUAAUGAAGACAAAGAAACAACAGUAAAGGCUCCUCUAUGGGAGAGAAUCUCACAAGGGAUGUCGGAAUUGGGUUAUAAAAGAAGUGCAAAGAGGUGUAAAGAGAAAUGGGAGAACAUAAAUAAAUACUUCAGAAAAACUAAGGAUGUUAACAAGAAAAGAUCUGUGGAUUCUAGGACAUGUCCUUACUUCGACCAAUUAAACACCUUGUAUAAUCAAGGAACACUUAUUAUAGCACCCUCAUCCGAUCAGGGGCCACAAAAACUCCGUUUACCAGCUUCGCCGGAAAAACAUUCGGCCUACAACACGCUAAUGAGUUCAUCCCAAAAUGGGUAUGCUAAUUCAACACUGCAUAAUGUUGGUGAUGAAGGUGAGAAAAAUCUGGUUCAUGAUCAACCAGCUCUUGAUUUUGAGUUCUAAAUUUUGCAAUUUUUAUAUGGAUGUUUUUGGUGUGACAAUAAUAGACUAAUAAGAGUUUUUUUUUUUUUUUUUUUUUUUAAAUUUUUCCUUUUGGUUUGAGUAAAACGACAUUAGAUUGUCUGCGUGUAUAUAUAUAUAAUUUGACACUGUUUCUAUUCAUAUCUUCAAUAUGAGGAGACAUGUGAGGUUGUAUUUUUGUGGGCACCGACAAAAUCAGAAAUUUAGGGUUAAAAGAUUUCUGCUGAGAUGUUAUAUUCAUUUUACAA